AUGUCAGCCGCUGGUUCGAGUGAUAUUCUACAAAAUAUACCAGUUGGAAGUCGUGAACAUCUGGUACCAAUUCGAUCAAGGUCGACAGUAUUCAAGAAAAAGCGUGUAUAUGGAUUGAAAUUAGUAAUAUGUUUAGUAGUUUUAAUUAUACUUUUAUUUAUAGCUGUAAUUACUUUAUCCGUAAUAUAUGCAAAAUCAAUACGUCACCGGCCAAAGGCAAUAUGUGAAAGUAUUGAAUGUAUACGGUCUGCAGCAAAUUUAGCAAUGUCUAUGGACAGAACAGCAAAUCCCUGUGAGGAUUUUUAUCAAUUCACAUGUGGACACUGGGGCGAUGAACAUCCAAAACCAGAUUCUCGAUUGGGAUAUGAUUGGUUUUCUGAUCGACAAAUCCACAUAUAUCGUCAACUACGAUCAUUUUUACAACGUAAUAAUUCCAAAGAAGAGCCUUUGCCGGUUCAACAAGCUAGAGAUUUAUAUAAAUCUUGUAUGGAUACUGAUGCAAUGGAUGCUUUGAAGUUUGAACCAAUUUAUAAUUUUGUGGAAUCAAUAGGCCUACCACGAAUCCCCCAUUUUUUCAAUAUAUCAAGUGAAAAGAAUUUGGAAAAUUUUCAUUUUAAUUGGAUUGAAAUUGUAGUAAAUGUAAAGCGUAAAAUUAGGAAAGAUAUAUUUCUUGGAUUUUCCAUCAUUCCCGAUCCAAGAAAUCGUUCUGUGAAUCGUAUGACAAUGGGAUUUCCAUAUAUAGUUGAUCCAUUUCCUAGCGAUGAUAACGAUAACGAUGAUGAAAGCAAUGAUUUAGGUAAAGAUGAUGAUGAUGAUAAAGAUGAUAAUAAUCCGAUUACUGCAGCAUAUGUAGUAUAUUUACAAACUGUGAUGCGAACUAUUAUUUUAAACUCGAAUAUUACUGAAGUGCCUUCAAAUUUUGAUGAAAGUGUUGUGAAAGCUGUGAGUGUAUGUAGAAACGUAUCGAAAGGACUUUAUAAGAUAAUUAACGAAGGUAAUGCCACUGUCCGAAAUGAAACAAGUGAAGAUGAUUUUGAUUUGAUUGAUAUCACUGUUGAUGAAUUACAAAAUUUAACUGAUAACUACCUCAUACAAAACAAUGCUAUACCAACAGAAAUUUGGCGUACAUAUUUAACGCUUUUGUUUAAUGAUACAGGCGUAGAAUUAAAUUUAAACACUACCGACCAAUUAUUAGUUAAUUCAGCUGAUCUUGAAUACUUACAAUUAAUUGCUGAAUAUCUAUCAAAAUUACCACAUAUCGUAUUAGAAUUAUUUACAUGGUGGGCAGCAAUUGAAAAUAUGCUUAUACACACGACGAGUGAAAUACGUGAAUUAAAACAAAAGUUGUAUAUUUUAUACACCAAUCUAGAAGAAACACGUUUAAGAUCAUUUCACUGCACGAACGUGGUUGAUUCCUUAAUGGGUAUGGCUGCUAGUUAUUCAAUAGCAAAUGAAUCAUUUUUAACAGAUACAAAACCAAAAGUACAAGCAAUGUUUAAUGAUAUAAAAAGUGCCUUUAAAAAAUUAAUACAUAAAAAUAAUUGGAUGGACCGAAAAACAAAAAUGGCAACAAUUGAAAAAUGUGAAAAUAUGCGCAGUUUAAUCGGAUUUCCAGAAUGGAUAUUGGAUAGUAAAGGAUUAAGUUACUAUUAUGAAGGCUUUGUAAUAAAUUCAACACAACACUUGAAUAACAUGAUUGGUAUUUUACAACUAACAAGUAUGUAUAUGUUACGAAGAUUACAUAAACCGAACGCCAUUACGUGGGCAACAAUACCUACUGAAGUGAAUGCUUUCCAUGCUUUUCAAAUGAACACAAUCACGGUACCAAUGGCAAUUUUACAAUAUCCGUUUUAUAAUUUGGGAUUAGAAGCUUUAAACUAUGGAGCAAUUGGUUCAAUAUUAGGACAUGAAUUAACACAUGGUUUUGAUGAUAAUGGACGACAAUUUGAUAAACAUGGUAAUCUAUUUAAUUGGUGGACAGAUGAAACAGCCGAAGAAUAUAUAAAUCGAACACAAUGUUUUGUUAAUCAAUACAACAGUUAUAUUGUACCUGAAAUCAAUAAACAUAUAAAUGGGAAACAAACUUUAGGUGAAAAUAUAGCAGAUAAUGGUGGAUUGGCUGAAACAAUACAAGCUUAUAAAUUAUAUCAACAACGAAAUGGAAUUGAACCAAUGUUGCCUGGAUUUGAAGAAUUUUCACACUUACAGCUACUAUUUAUUGCUUAUGGAAAUCUUUGGUGUGAAGUAGGAACUCCAGAAUAUUAUAAACUAAAUUUGGAUAGUGAUUCACAUUGUCCAGGUAGAAUACGUUUACAUGGUGCCGUUAGUAAUAUGAAAGAAUUUGCAAGUUCGUUUAAAUGUCCGAAAGGUUCACCAUUGAAUCCAAUCGAAAAACGCUGUAGCUUAUGGUAA